AUGCUCUCAUGGUCGCUAUCCCUGCUGCUAGCCCCGGCGCUGGCAGCAGCCAGCUCCGCGGCUGAUUAUUAUGUUCAUUCGCUGCCUGGCGCUCCAGAGGGCCCGCUGUUGAAGAUGCAUGCUGGACACAUCGAGGUGGACCCUGAGAACAAUGGUAAUCUGUUCUUUUGGCAUUAUCAGAACCGUCACAUCGCGAACAGACAACGGACUGUCAUUUGGUUGAACGGCGGUCCUGGAUGUAGCUCGAUGGAUGGCGCGUUGAUGGAGGUGGGACCUUAUCGGCUGAAGGACGACCAUACAUUGGAAUACAAUAAGGGCUCGUGGGACGAGUUUGCCAACUUGCUGUUCGUCGAUCAGCCGAUUGGUACGGGGUUCAGCUAUGUGAACACGAAUAGCUAUAUCCAUGAGCUGCCAGAGAUGUCGGCCCAGUUUAUGGUCUUCUUGGAAAAGUUCUUCCAGCUGUUCCCGGAGUAUGAGAGAGACGAUAUCUACAUAGCUGGCGAAUCUUACGCGGGCAUGUAUAUCCCCCACAUUGCCACAGCUAUUCAGAUGCGCAACAAGGCCGCCGAGCAGGAAGGAAAGACGAAAUGGCCCUUGAAGGGAGUGUUGAUUGGCAACGGCUGGAUCUCCCCCUAUGAUCAGUCGCCCGCCUAUUUCGAGUUCGCUCAACGCAUGGGUUUGAUUAACGAGGGAACCCAGUCCUACCGCGAAAUCGACGCCCUGAACUCGAUCUGCCUGGCUGCGCUUGAGGACCCGCGUAGCAAGGAGAUGGUCAACAUUCGUCAGUGCGAGGAAGUCUUGCAGGGAUUGACUAGAUUGACUACUAAGGAUGGCAAAUGUGUCAACACCUACGACAUUCGCUUGCAGGAUACAUACCCCGAGUGCGGUAUGAACUGGCCCCCAGACUUGGCCAAUAUUACGCCUUACCUCCGUCGCCAGGAUGUGAGACAAGCCUUGAAUAUCAACCCCGCCAAAACGGCCGGCUGGACCGAGUGUAAUUCGGCUGUUAGCCAGACUUUCCUUGCCACCCACUCCAUCCCGGGUGUCAAGCUGCUUCCCGCCCUGCUUGAAUCGGACGUCAACGUGCUCCUGUUCAGUGGUGACCAGGAUCUGAUCUGUAACCAUCUCGGCACAGAGACUCUUAUCCACAACAUGAAGUGGAAAGGUGCGACAGGUUUCGAGACGGACCCGGGCGUGUGGGCUCCGCGUCACGAUUGGACCUUCGAGGGUGAACCCGCUGGUAUCUACCAAUACGCCCGCAACCUGACCUACGUCCUCUUCUACAACUCCAGCCACAUGGUCCCCUUCGACCAACCCCGCCAAACCCGCGACAUGCUCGACCGCUUCAUGAGAGUCGACAUCGCCAGCAUCGGCGGCCGCCCCGCCGACUCGCGCAUCGACGGCGAAAAACUCCCCCAGACCUCCGUCGGCGGCCACCCCAACAGCACCGCAGCCGAGGAACAAGAAAACAAAAAGCUCAAGGAAACCGAAAUGCACGCCUACACCAAAUCCGGCGAGGCCAUCCUUGUCGUCGUCAUCAUCGGCGUUACCGUCUGGGGCUUCUUCAUCUGGCGUUCUCGUCGUUCUCACAAGGGUUACCGCGGCGUGAAGAACCCGGAUCUACGGGGUGGAUCAUCUGUCCUCGAUCGCUUCCAUAAUAAACGGUCUGCGGCGGAUGUCGAGGCUGGUGAUUUCGAUGAGUCUGAGCUUGAUGCGCUGCAUUCGCCUGGCCUUGAUCGUGAGCAUUAUGUUGUUGGGGAUGAUUUGAGUGGAGAUGAGGAUGAGGGGGCUGGGAAGAAUGGGAAUCACCGUCAACCGUCGGCGUCAUCAUCUUCGUGA